UGCUGCGCAUUUGUGCGAACGUCGCAAAACGUCGAGGUCACAUGUUACGCAGUCAGUUGAUUUUUUCAAAGUUGACUUUUUUACAUUGCAUUCUAUGCAGUAGUUGGGAUACACGUAGAAACAGUAUUUGUGUCAAUUGCAAUUGGCAACGAGUAGUGUUGUUUUGCCGGGAACGUCCCCUUCAUGUUUUUAAUGUACAUACAUACAUCCAACGUAGAUUACGUGGAUUAUAUUCUUAGCUGUAAUACAUCAGCCUUUCUUUUUGAGCUUUACUUUGACUCAUCCUAAGAUGUAUUAAUGAGAGACAAAUAAUGCACAGAGAAAUAUAUCAAUAAGAAGGAUCUAAAGAGAAUUGACUUGUCUAGGAUGUACGAUACUUUAUGAGUGUUUUUUGAUCAACCCAUUAAGAUGGAAGACGAGGAGUGCUUUCAACCAGUCUUGAGCUCUCAAGAAGAAGAUAAUUUUCAGCAAUUAAACACCGUAUCGGUCGUGUCGAUUCCACUUUUACUUGGAGUUUUGUUGGAGAUCACUGGGAUUGUAUUUGUGUCUAUUUGGCCAAAGGAACAGAACAAAUGUGACACGUAUUUUAUAUACUUAUAUCUUCACUGCGCCUAUUGGCUAAUAGUCAUGGCGAUAGAUCACAUUGUCAAAGCGAGACACCAUAAUUUGCGUAUUAAUGGGUACCUAGAUUUCUAUCAAUCAACAUAUCAACUUAUAAGGACGCCUCUUUUCAUCGCGUCGUUAUGGAAUACAUGCUACUUGUUACUCGCUGUGAUUUUACAUCACACACAUAAAGUUGACUACGAGCGGUAUUGCAGAAAGUCAGAGUGGUUCACACCGCUCAACUAUAUUUUUCUCCUAACCACUUUGGAACUCAUGAUAAUCUUACCAGCUUACAUUAAUUAUAUCAAAAGAGUUAUGAAGUUAAAUCGAUUACGUCCACCGCCCGAUGUUACUCGCGACGAAUGGCUGUCGCCCUUUACGCAGGAUUCUUACUCCGGAAUGGGGGAAAUCGGGUAUCGGCAAAAGGGGAGAAAUUUGGAAGAACUGCUGGAAAAGCAGGCAGACAUGAUAAGAUAUCUGAAGGAUCACAAUGUAAAGCUAAGUCAUAGAAUAAUGCUGUUAGCGUCUCAACACAGAGCGACAGAGACAUAAAGCAAAACUGAUUACAUAUCUCUUUUAUGAAAUUGACGCUUAUUAUUAUCUAAUAAUAAUAGUGAUGUUAUAUCAGAGAUUAGAAUUAUAAUUGUUUAAAUGUGAUACAUAUGACAUGUCUUUUAAUGAAUUCGAUUGAUUUGAUCACAGA